UCAGGAGGCCCUGGGUCUCCAUAGGGAGUGUGUGUCUCCUCCCGCCCCCAGAGCAGGAAGUGAAAGUGAAACUCAGCAGCUCCAUUUCGUGUGGUGGAGAAAAUGAACCUUUUUCGGACUAUAACACGAAUGAUGGAGGGAAAGAGAUCAGACCCACCAGAACCCAGCUGUGUGUCCAUGAAGAGUGACUGGUCAAUGGAACCCCCAUAUAAUUUCAGAGACAGAGAUAGUCCUGCUGAUCUGAGACCACAAAAGAAGAAAUCAAACAUCAGCAGAAAUGAGCUGGAGUCCAUAUUCAAGGAGCUGGAACACAAAGUCAUCAGUGUGAUCCAGAAGGAGCUGAAGAGGUUUAAGAAGCUCCUGAGUCCAGAUUCCCCAGCAUGCUCUGAGAGGGAGGUGGAGGAUGAGGAGGAUCAGAGCAGUGUCAGAGAGGGAGUGCUGAAGAUCACACUGCACUUCCUGAAGAACAUGAACCACACAGAUCUCGCUCACACACUGCACAACAAACACGUCUCUGUGUAUCAGCAAAAGCUGAAAUCCAUCCUGAAAGAGAAGUUUAAAAGAGUUAAUGAAGGAAUCUCACAGCAUGGAAGCUCAGCUCUUCUGAACGAGAUCUACACAGAGCUCUACAUCACAGAGGGUUGGAGUGGAGACGUCAAUAAAGAACAUGAGGUGAGACAGAUUGAGACAGCGUCCAGGAGACCAGCAACACAGGAGACACCCAUCAAAUGUAAUGAUCUCUUUAAAGACACGUCCAUCAGAAGCGUGCUGACUAAAGGAGUUGCUGGAAUUGGAAAAACAGUCUCUGUGCAGAAGUUCAUUCUGGACUGGACUGAAGGAGAAGCGAAUCAGGACGUCACCUUCAUGUUCCCACUUCCCUUUAGAGAGCUGAAUCUGAUGAAGGAGAGAAAUCUCAGUCUGAUGAAUCUUCUUCAUCACUUUUUCCCAGAAAUGAAAGAAUUAUGCUUAAUAGGCUGUGAUAUGAACAAAGUCCUGUUGAUCUUUGAUGGUCUGGAUGAGUGUCGACUUCCUCUAAAUUUCCAGAACAAUGAGAGAUUGUGUGAUGUGACAGAGUCGGCCUCAGUGGAUGUGCUGCUGACAAACCUCAUCAAGGGGAAUCUGCUUCCCUCUGCUUUCCUCUGGAUAACCUCUCGACCAGGAGCAGCCAAUCAGAUCCCUCCUGAGUGUGUAGACCAGGUAACAGAGGUACGAGGGUUCAGUGACCCUCAGAAAGAGGAGUACUUCAGGAAGAGGAUCAGUGAUCAGAGCCUGGCCAAUAAAAUCAUCACACACUUGAAGUCUUCAAGAAGCCUCUACAUCAUGUGCCACAUCCCAGUCUUCUGCUGGAUCUCAGCCACUGUUCUUGAGAGAAUGUUGGGUGAAGCAGAGAGUGGAGAGAUCCCCAAGACUCUGACUCAAAUGUUCACACACUUCCUGAUCUUUCAGAUUAAACACAAGGAGCAAAAGUAUGAUCAGAAAUGUGAGCCUGAUCCUCAGCAGACCAGAGCAAGAAUUCUGGCACUGGGAAAACUGGCUUUCCAACAGCUGGAGAAAGGAAACCUGAUCUUCUAUGAGGAAGACCUGAGAGAGUGUGGCAUUGAUGUGAGAGAAGUGUCAGUGUACUCAGGAGUGUGUACCCAAAUCUUCAGAGAGGAGUUUGAGCUUCACCUGGGGAAGGUGUUCAGCUUCAUACAUCUGAGUGUUCAGGAGUUUCUGGCUGCUUUAUACACGUUUAUCUCCUUCAUCAGCAGAAAAGUAACAGAACGACAAACCACUGAUCUGUCUGAUCUUUUCACCAAAUUAAACAUGUCUGAUUUCCUCAGGAGUGCAGUGAACAAGGCCUUACAGAGUGAGAAUGGACACCUGGACCUGUUCCUCCGCUUUCUUCUGGGUCUCUCACUGGAGUCCAAUCAGACUCUCUUACGAGACCUACUGCCCCAGACAGGAAGUAGCUCUCACAGCAAACAGGAAACAGUCGAGUACAUCAAGGAGAAGAUCAGGGAGAAUUCAUCUCCAGAGAAAUCCAUCAAUCUGUUCCAUUGUCUGAAUGAACUGAAUGAUCAUUCUCUCAUGCAGGAAGUACAACGUUACCUGAACAAAGGAGAUUCCAGUCGUCUCAGUGGAGUCAGUCUCUCUCCUGCUCAGUGGUCAGCUCUGGUGUUUGUGUUACUGAACUCAGAACAGGAGCUGGAUGAGUUUGAUUUGAGGAAAUAUGACCCAUCAGAUGAAUGUCUUCUGAAGCUGCUGCCAGUGGUCAAAGCCUCCAGAAAAGCUGUUCUGUGUGAGUGUAAUCUGACAGAGGAAAGCUGUAGAGUUCUGUCCUCAGUUCUCAGCUCAAACUCCUCCAGACUGAGAGAACUGAACCUGAGUCUCAAUAACCUGCAGGAUUCAGGAGUGAAGCUGCUCUCUGCUGGACUGGAGAAUCCACACUGUACACUGGAGAUACUGAGGUUGCCUAAAUGCAGUAUUACAGGUGAAGGUUGUGCUGCUCUGGUUUCAGCUCUGAGGUCAAAUCCCUCAUCACACCUGAGAGAACUGAAUCUGGACUGGAAUAAUCCAGGAGAAUCAGGAGUGAAGCUGCUCUCUGAUCUACUGAAGGACCCACACUGUACAUUGGAGACACUACAUCUGUGUGUGUGUAAUAUGACAGAGGAAAGCUGCAGAGUUCUGUCCUCAGUUCUCAGCUCAAACUCCUCCAGACUGAGAGAACUGAACCUGAGUGACAAUAACCUGCAGGAUUCAGGAGUGAAGCUGCUCUCUGCUGGACUGGAGAAUCCACACUGUACACUGGAGAAACUGAGGUUGUCUGGCUGCAGUAUUACAGGUGAAGGUUGUGCUGCUCUGGUUUCAGCUCUGAGGUCAAAUCCCUCAUCACACCUGAGAGAACUGGAUCUGAACUGGAAUAAUCCAGGAGAAUCAGGAGUGAAGCUGCUCUCUGAUCUACUGAAGGAUCCACACUGUACACUGGAGACACUACAAUUUAGAUUUUCAUCCUGAUCUGACUGAGUCUCACACACAGAGGAUGAUGAGGAUAAAUCCUUACAGUACAAAGUGAUUUGAAAAUCAUCAUCAUUUAGUGUUGAUCAGAUGUGUACAACAUGUCAGCACUUCCACUUCUCUAGUUGUUUUUGUAAAAAUACACCAGCUGAGAUAAAUAAACUUUAAUGAACUCAACACUCAUCAAUCUCAUCUCAUUAUCUCUAGCCCCUUUAUCCUGCUCUACAGGGUCGCAGGCAAGCUGGAGCCUAUCCCAGCUGACUAUGGGCAAAAGGUGGGGUACACCCUGGACAAGUCGCCAGGUCAUCACAGGGCUGACACAUAGACACAGGCAACCAUUCACACCUACGGUCAAUUUAGAGUCACCAGUUAACCUAACCUGCAUGUCUUUGGACCGUGGGGGAAACCGGAGCACCCGGAGGAAACCCACACGGACACGGGGAGAACAUGCAAACUCCGCACAGAAAGGCCCUCGCUGGCCACGGGGCUCAAACCCGGACCUUCUAGCUGUGAAGCAACAGCACUAACCACUACACCACCGUGCUGUCCACACUCAUUAAUAUUUUCUUAUUAAUAUCUUUUACAGCAAAACAGAAACUGUUAAUGCACAUCAAACAUCAUUUAAUAGUUUUGUACAUGUACAGUAUGCUUCUGUUUUUCCAUUUACAUGCAGCAGAAGGUCACAUUUAUGUUUAAAACACAUCAUAAAUAUCUUAUAGUAUCAGUUCACUGCAGUCAUUUGGUCAUUGCACAAAGUUACACACUGUUUAUAACUGUGUAAAGUAAAUUA